AUGGGUGCCUCCAAGAUCUCCACCUCCUUGAUCUUCCUGUCUUGUUUGCUCCUUGCUUCCUCCGCCACAACAGCGGCAUUUAACAUCACUGCUGUCCUUGGGGACAUCCCCAGUUUUAGUAACUUCAAUGAACUUUUGAGCAAGGCAGGUUUGGUUAAAGCCAUCAAUUCUCAAUCACCCGUAACUAUUCUUGCCAUCCCUAAUGAGCACAUUGGAGACCUUGCUGGUAAACCGGCUGAUGUUAUUAAAAUUACCUUGAUGACUCAUGUGGUUCUUGACUACUAUGAUCUCCUCAAGCUCGCAAACGCAAAAAAUGGGACAAGAAUGACAACCUUGUUCCAAAAAACUGGUGUGGCAACUUACGAUCAAGGCUUCUUGAUUCUAAACAGAAGUCAUGGUCAGCUUAUAUUUUCCUCGGCUGCCAAAGGUGCUCCCCACAAUGUUCAGGUUGUUGCAACAGUAACGCAGCAUCCAUUUAACUACUCCAUCAUCAGUGUUUCAAGUGCUAUCAUGACGCCUGGAGUUGAUGGCACCACUCUUCAAGAACCACCCAAGGCAGCUGGUGCUCCUGCUCCAGCCAAGAAGGUGUCUCCACCCCCAGCUAGCGAGGCCCCCGAGGCACCGACUCCAUCAGAUGAUGCCACAGCUCCCAGUCCUGAUGCCCCCUCAGAUGCCCCCAAGAGCGAUGCACCUGCAUCUCAGGCACCAGCUGCAGAUGCUGAUGAUGACAAAAACCAAAAUGCAAGUUUCAAGCACCUGGCCUCUAGCACUCUUGGUUUUGUCGCGGUUUUGGCAUCCUUCCUUGCUGCUUAUUGA